AUGAUUUUUGGACUUGGUGCUGGAGUGAUAACUAGAGAUAUAACACGUGCUCUUACGUUGGCUCAUCAAAUACGAUCUGGCUCUGUUUGGAUAAAUACUUAUAAGGCUAUAUGUAAUCAAGCACCAUUUGGUGGUUUUAAACAAUCAGGUCAGGGAAGAGAAUCAGGUCGAUAUGGUCUUGAAGCAUACUAUGAAGUGAAAACAGUUGUUGUUAAACUUAUUUGA